UUUGCCAAAAUAAUAAUGGCAAAUCAGGGAACUCUUCAAGGAACCUUUAUUUUCAAGGUUGACAAAUUUAUCUGAUUAUGUCAUUCGCACUAAUAUAAUAACAUAAUUAAAUUACUUCUGCUUUUUUGAAUUUCAACAUUUUCCCCAGCAAACUGAAUAAAUCGUAACGCUGCUUUGGAAUAUUAUGGUGCAUUGCAUCACAUUGAAUGAACAUAUCACUCUCAAGAUGACAAUAGGUUUGAAGAGAAUAUAAGAUUGAGACAGCUGUAGGGACACUGUGAACAUACAUUGUCAGUUUCAGACAGUAGCAAGGACAAUGAUAAAUAGAUCAGACUCAUACGAUAGCAACAGCAUUGUAGAAAUCAGUCUGAAACUGCAGCAGGGACACCGAGUGAAUACAUUAGCCCAAGACUGCACCAAGGACGUUGAAUGAAUCUAUCAACCUCAGAUUCAGCAAGGCAAAUGACUGAUUGUAUCAGCUUCAGACUACAGUAGGGAUACUGCAUCAAUCAACCUGAUAUUGCAGAAGGGACACUGUACAGACCACCCUCAGACUCUAACAGGGACAUUAUGGCUGAACAUUGAACUAUAAAAGGGGAAACAGAUCACACAAAGACUAUGUCCCAGACAGGAAGUGACUCAAUCACUCCAGACAGGGAGCAAGUCUAUAACUGUGUCAGGGACAGGAUAUGUCCUCUCACUCAGACUAUGGACAGGAAAGGGGUAGCAAGAACUGCAGCUGCUGGAGUCAGACACAUCACAGUGUGCAGCUGGAGGAAAAGAAGGGUCCUGACCUGAAAUGUCAACAUUCCUGCUCCUCUAAUGCUGCCUGGACAGGAAAGGGGUCUCUUGUUCUGUAUUGAGGUCUCCCACUUGUACUGGACAAGUGGUGUCACAUUCUACUGUGAACACUAUUGUGAACAAGUUGAGUGCCUCUCACUCACACUCUUUUCAAAAAAGGUGUCUCUCACUUAUGAGCAGUGCACAAGGGCCCCUCACCGUUCUGAACUGGGAGUGAAUGCAACUCAUUGUUAAGAUAAGGCAAUGUGUGAGAGCGUUCCUCCCUGUUCUGGACGGUAAGAAAGCGUGACAGUCCCUUGCUGACCUACACAGGGAAUGAGUGUGAAGGUCCUGCAUUGUCCUGGACAAGGAGUGAGUGUGAGGGACCCUCGCUGUCCUGGACAGGGGGUGAAUCUGAGGGACCCUUGCUGUCCUGGACAGGGAGUGAGUGUGCAGGACCCUUCCUGAGUGUGUGUUCCUUGCUGUCCUGAACGGUGAGAAAGCGGCAGGGUCCAUUGCUGUCCUGGACAGGGAGUGAGUAUAAGGGUUCCUCACUGUUCUGGACAGGAAGUGGGAGGGGAGGGUCCCUCCCUGUUCUGGGCAGAAUGUGUGUGUGUGUUCCUCACUGUCCUGAAUGGUGAGUGUGAGGGUCCCUCGUUGUCCUGGUCAGGCAGUGAGUGAGUGUAUUCCUCCAUCUUCUGGAUAGGCAGUGAUGAUGAGUGUCCCCCCACUCUCCUGAAUGAGGUGGGGAAAGAGGGUGACAGUGUGUCUUGCAUUCUCCUGCUCACGGUGAGGGUCUCCCGCUGUUUUGGAGAUGGAGUGAGUGUGAAUGUUCCUCCCUGUUCUGUACAGGGAAUGAUGAUGUGUCCUCCCCUACUCUCUUGGUCAGAGAGCGCGAGUGAGUGAUGGAGAGUGAGGGUCCUGCCCCUCUGUUGCACAGGGAGUAUGUGUACGUGGCCCUCAUGGUGAUUUCUGAAGAAGGGUCUAGGCCCGAAACGUCAGCCUUCCUGCUCCUCUGAUGCUGCUUGGCCUGCAGUGUUCAUCCAGCUGUACACCUUGUUACCUCAUGGAGGAUGGAUGGUCAUUGAGGAGAGUCACUUCCUCCCACGUGGUCGGUGCGUGCGGGUGACGCUGGGAGAGGGCGGCGCCUGCGCGAUGCCGGGGCCUGGCGGUGUGGGGGAGGGGGGUGUGUGUGGGGAUGGGGGAAGGGAAGGGAAGGGACGGGGGGGACACGGGGGAAAAAAAACAAACCGGGAGGGCAGGGAGAGGGAGGGUCCGGGCUAGAACCAGCACAGACACCGCUGAAUGAAUGAUACCCAUUAACAAUAAAAGAAAAGACACUGAACUAAAGCGGCCGGCCCGCAGUAUCCGAGCCGCGCCCGGGCUCCCAGCUUCUUGCGAGGGGAGAUCGGCCGCCGAAGGAAAGCAGCCGCCCGCCGGGCACGGACCGAGCCCCCGCUAGGUCCGGGCGGCAGCCGGCUGGCCCCCCGGCAGGUCAUGACCAUGAAGCCGGGUUUACUGAAGCAGCCGGGCGGGGUGGCGCAGACCGAGAAGCGGGCGGCGGCGGCGGAUUACUCUGCGGCGGCGACCAAGGAGCUCGGCGGCGAAGCGGGAGGAGAGGCGCUCGGCUGCGACGGGGAUACACCUCCUCCCAAAGGCGGCCGAGGCAGGAUGAACGGCGGCGACACUAAAGCGGUCAAAGGGAGCCGAGGGGCUGGAGCGGGGGUGGCCUGGGGCCGAGGAGGUACAGCCUUGGUCCCCGCCGGAGACAGUGUGGGCCGCGGCGGCGGAGGAGGAGGAGGUGGUGGUAGUGGGGGGCCCGGCGAUGGCACCGCGCCUUUGCCCGGCCUGGAGGCCUUGCAUUGGGGCAAAGUGAAGAAACAACAGCAGCAGAUCCAGCAGCCGCCAUCGUCUCAGCCUCAAGGCCCGGGCCCCACACAGAGCGCCCGCCUCAAACAGAUCGUCCUCCUGCAACUCGACCUGAUCGAGCAGCAACAACAGCAGCUCCAACUGAAGGAGAGGGAGAUCGACGAGCUGAAGGCCGAGAAAGAGACGCUUCUGGCUCGUCUUGAGCGCAUGGAAAGGAGGAUGCAGCUGGUGAAAAAAGAGAAUGAAAAGGACAAGCACCGAUUUGUUCAAACUGUGGAUGAGACAGAAGAGAAGAAUGCAACAGAAGUGGAGAAGAUCCAGCCAGAGCAUCAACAGAUUACCCCUGAACAAUCGCUUGUUCAGGCACAGGGCAAUCGAACGGAAACUUAUUCUGGGAAGGGAUACAAAAGGAAAUCUACACUAGGAACAACAGAAAGAAAAGCACCAGUGAAGAAGCUUGCAGCUGAAUUUUCAAGAGUUCGGACAAAACUGGUCAAAUCUUCUCCGCUGCGACAGGUGUCGAGCAGCCCCUUGCCCGACAAAGUUUCAAAGCGAGAACUGCGAAGUAAAGAAACUCCAGAGAAAUCCAAAUCUCAGACUGAGGGUGUCUACAAACCUUCAACCAUAUUAAAGACUCCAGGUCUACCCACCAGCAAAGAUCAGUCUAUUUCUAAUGACAUAGAAGAGGAGCCAUACCUCUGCACCACUGAGAUGUACCUGUGUCGGUGGCAUCACCGGCCACCCUCUCCUCUACGAGAACCUUCACCAAAGAAGGAAGAAACUGUAGCAAUUCCAUCCUGGAAGGAACACUCGGCGGAACCCCUCGUAGACCUGCAACCUGAUGAAAUCAUUGAGAACUUAGACGACUGUGUGUUUGCGAAACGACAUGCAAAACUGGAGCUUGAUGAGAAAAGAAGGAAAAGGUGGGACAUUCAGAGGAUCAGGGAACAAAGGCUGCUACAACGUUUGCAACUGCGCAUGUAUAAAAAGAAAGGAAUUCAGGAAUCGGAGCCAGAAAUCCUGUCCUUUUUCCCUGAACCUGAUGAUGUGGAAUCGCUGGUAAUCACCCCAUUUCUACCGGUGGUGGCUUUUGGGAGACCUCUACCUAAGUUAUCACAACAGAACUUUGAGUUACCAUGGUUGGAUGAACGCAGCAGAUGCAGGAUAGACAUACAGAAGAAACAGACGCCACAUCGAACAUGCCGCAAAUAGAUGCUUUGGACAAACUUUGACUUGUAUACUGCCGAGUUGCAAACUGUACUGCAAGCCAGCACUUAGGAUGCCAACCGGCAGAGAGCUCUGUGGGUUUUCUUAAGGACCACACACCUGAUUGAUCUCAUUCAGUGUUUAUAUUGAUGUUUAUAAUUGAUCGUCACUGUAUCAAUAACUGAAUAGUCUCGUCUCUUGCCUUUAUACUUUCACUUCUCUUACUGAAGUGAAAUCAGUUAUUUUUCCUGUAUUUGUCUGUUGAAUUCAGACAGAGUUCUGGUCUGAUUUAGUUCAUUCUGCAAAUUUAACCGUGUACAGAAAGAUUUGAGAUCUUGUACAGCAAUCUUGCACCUUUUUUAAAAAAAAGUUUGUGUUAUGUAAAAAAAAAAAUGUUGCAAGCAGCUCUACUUCCUCAGAAUUGGUUAUUUGUGUUUCUUUUUCAGAUAAUACCUGCCCUCACAAGUUGAUUAAACCAACGCAUUAAAGAGACGGUAUCCCUUUUGUCAGUUCUCUGAACCCAUUGUUCAGACCUGAAAAUUGCCAACGUUCCUUGUAGCCUGGGAGAGUGUUGGCUAAUUCACUGUGACAGGCCACUGUUCCUUCCUGGGACUUGGGUUAGAAACUGAGUUAAGCAGAAGAUGUAAAUGUCUUUGUUCUCACAGUGGGUGGUGUGCUGCCCUUUCGCUUGGAACCCAUGGUGAGUUUCAGCCCAGCAAGACAGAAAACAGAGGGCCUUUCGGCUGACAGAGGAAUAGUACAGACUACAGAAAACUGGGUCUUUUUCACUACUAGGAUCUAUUCGAGUCUAGCCGAACCCCAGGGGAAUUUUCAAAGUGAAAUUUAAUUUUAAAUGGCUCAGAAUCCAGUAGAUGUAAAAUCAUGAUACAAACCUCAAGCAACAGCAAUAAGAAAGGGAGAGUGGGGAUCAAUAGACUGUAUUGCUCAAAAGGAGGAAUGGACAUUUCCAAUGGUAGUGGCUUUAUCUGAGAGCCUGAAAUUUUAUUGAAGGAGGAAAUGCUUUGAAUUAUUGAGAUUCCUGCUGUGCCCAACCUGUGGUUGAUGCAUCAUCACUGGAUGCUUAAUGAGAUUUUUUUUUUCUCAUGAGCACAAUCACCAAGGGCACAUUAUGAACACACAAAUCCUGAAAGGUAGUGUUUAGGUGAGCCUUCCAGGAAAAUUUCCGUGUAGUUCAAGGCUUAUUUUAAAUGAGCCUCCAGUUUAAAUGUUGUAACUUAUGUUUUGGUGGAUGCAAAAAUAAACAUGGCAGGUAACUUCUGUACUCCUGUUACGUUCCUCGA